AUGGCGGAUGUCUACAACGACAGCAAUCGGGCCUUCCUACAGGCCUUCAUGGGCCGCUCGUCCAUGAGCUUCGAGGAAGCUCAACCAAUUUUGGCAGCAAUUUUCACUGCGCAGAACGGAGAACGUAUGGACCCAACUGAUGUUACCGAAGAGCAUCUCUCAUCCUACAUCGAUGCUGCCAACACCGCAAUUUCUCCCUUCGACUUGGAAAUCAGAAGCUUGUGCCACCAAACGCCAAAGACAGAAGACGAAGGAAACACCGAUAGCCCACCUACCCGAGUAUACGCCCUCAUCAACACAACCAGCGAUCCUUUGACACAGCUUGCAACAACUUACUCCGCAGACGAGAUUGCUUUUGUCAAGCGUCUGCUCGAUUUCAUGUUCGAUACCAAUAAUACCCGCAUCUGUGAAGGAAUGGUCAUCACACCCAUGCAAUCACUGAAUAUUCGUUCCUCGGCCGAGGCGAACCGGCGGCGCUCGACAAAUGCAACACAGCAGAACCAGGGCGGAGCUGCGCAGUCCUUGACGAUUUCACAAGCAGAAAACAUGAUGAAGCACCUCGUUGAAGAAGGUUGGUUGGAAAAAAGCAGGAAGGAUUAUUUCAGCCUGACUCCACGAGCACUGAUGGAGCUGCGCGGGUGGCUGAUUUCGGAAUACAACGACGGGGUGGAGGGCGGCAGAAUAAAUCGCAUUAAGUUUUGCGCUGCCUGUAAGGAUAUAAUCACUGUGGGACAACGCUGCGAGGACCGCGAUUGCCAAGGCCGACUCCACGACCACUGCAUGCGCAACUUCUUCCGUAUUCAGCGGGCAGAAAAGUGUCCUAUCUGCAAGAAAGACUGGCCGGGUGACAAGUUCGUCGGCGAAAGAGCUGUGACUUCCGUAUCUCGGAGACAGACCAAUGCCCGGCAGGCGCCUGCACCUGCUCCUGCUGCUCCUAAUGGAGAUGCCAGUGGCUCUGAGGAUGCUAGUGGCGAAGAAGAGGAGGGUUGA